AUGGCCCUUCCGAUUAGCAGUCCAUCGCCAAAAGUAGGCCGAUUCCAACAGGCCAUGGAGUCAGUAUAUGGCAACUUUAGCGAUAUAACAGAGCCUGAGAGUUGGACUCCGCCUCCAGGAUCGGGUGGUCAUCGUGGCCGAUAUCUAUGGACCGACGCAUUCGGGGUGGUCAACCUGUUGACCAUGCAUAAAGAGUACCUUCGAGUAGGCGACAAAUCCUGUCAAGAUGAUCGCUAUCUGGUUAUGGCGCGUCGACUAAUCGAAACGGUUCACAACGUCCUGGGUCGGACACGAGAUGGGCGAUCGCGAUUACCAGGAGCCACAGACCAGAACCCUCUUGGGGGCGGAUUGCGGAUUGGAAAGACUAGCGAUACUGGGCCUGACUGCGAUGGACAAUACCACCAUUACUUGACCGUGUGGAUGUUUGCGCUUAACCGAAUGGCGAUAGCAUCGGGCGACAUGAAGUAUAACAGACUGGCCGUGCAAUUGGCUCGCGCCAUUCACCCAAAGUUCUUCGUCGAUCGCAAGGCUGCACGUCCACACAUGAUCUGGAAGAUGUCUAUGGAUUUAUCCAGGCCACUAGUGAACUCGGAGGGCAAUCUUGAUCCCAUAGAUGGAUUCGUCACCUUCCGGCUGCUUCAAGCGACGGCGGCAGCAGCAGGUGAUGGGGAUGUCUUGGAAGAAGAGAUAUCCGACUACAGGCGAGUGAUGGACCGCAAGGGGCCACAUUUCGUCUCCAAGGAUCCAUUGGACUUGGGCAUGACUUUGUGGACGGCACACUGGUUCUCCGAGACGGAGAGCUGGGCAUCAACCCUUGUCACAAGGUGUUUUGAACAGCUAUACGAUUUGUUUGAAAUUAACAGGUAUUUUGAACGCAGCAUCAAGUUUCGCUUGGCUUUCCGGGAAUUUGGAACAUGUAUGGGGCUUCAAUGUGAAUCAGAGCAGACUGGAGAAAAGGAACGAGCAGUUGAUUUCAAGAGUUGGUCAGAUGCGAUCAUUGUCGCAUGGGAUCCUUAUAUGGAACUCUCCGCCUCGGUAGCUCUGACCCCAGCAGACCUACGGCCCAUCACUCGUGUGAUGUAUGCCUCGGCUUUAAUUCCAGGUGCCUUUUGUUCGGGGUACUUCGGCCCUGAAUUAAAAUCCAAGGGGGUCAUCUAG